AUGGUUUCGACGCGCAACCACCCGCAAGACUUUGCUCCAGAAAUGUCCGAUGAGGUGGCUCCACAGACUCCCUCGAAAGGAAGUCUGUCUUCCACAACAAUGCAGAGCACCACUCACCCGGGAAGCAUCAAUCAGGGAUCCUGGUCUCAUACACCAUCACUUCUCACCUUGACUUGGCUCGCUGUGUCGCUGCCGUUGGUCAUUUGGGACACUUUCUAUGUCUUCCUCCGACCUCAUUCCAUGCCUGGAGGCAAGUACCAGAAGCCUCUCUGGGUUCCCUACGAGCUGUAUGGCCAGGUCGAUCACGUCUAUGGUUGGCCUGCCUAUAAUUCGGGCAAUGGCUUCACAGCCGCUCAGUCUGCUGUGAACGUCAUUGAAUGUGCAGGUUACUUCUACUACCUUUACCUGGUCUACGCCUACGGCAGGACUGAGGGAAACGUCCAAGGUACUGGUGCUCCUGACAAAGAGAAUGUCGGAAAGCUUGCACAGAGUCGAACUGUCUACGGGAAGACCGCUGCGCAAGCCGUCGUUCUCCUAUACGGCGUUGCUCUUAUGACUUUGAGCAAGACCGUGCUUUACUGGCUCAACGAGGUCUUCUCUGGUUUCGCCCAUAUUGGCCACAAUAGUGCUUCGGACAUCUUCUUCCUUUGGGCUCUACCAAAUGGACUUUGGAUCGUCCUUCCAAUUUAUCUUGUCUACGUGUCUGCGAAAGAGAUUCUAGAGGGUCUGCAAAUUGCUGUGAGCAGCACCAAGAAGUCUCAGUAA